GAUAUUGCAGCGACGCAUCUGGUCUCACUUUCGGUUAAGAUGUUUUUCUAAAAAGCAAAUUGCGCAACAAUAUUUCCGCAAGGUGAACUGAUCGGGCUCAGUGACCUUGGCGAGGCCAAAAUUUUGAAGCAAUCUGAUUGUUUUUCAUGUAAGUGAAGAUGACCAUACAUAUACUAUAUUGUCCAUUGAAGAUGCGCUAAAUUAAUUAUAAUUCUAUCUCAACUAAUGUUUACAAUAAAUUUUGCACUUUUUCAAUUAAAUGAUCCAUGCACACUGGUUUAAAGAUAAGUUGAACACCCAGAUAAACAUUUUGAUGAUCAUUUCAAACUGCAAUAAUCUGCACUAUAAACACAUUGGCAAGAGCAUAAAGAUUUGAAUAAUAACUAACUUACAUUUUUGGUGUUUUGAGAGGGAAAUUAACACAAGCGAUAUGAGCCCACGUGUUUUGUAAUCUUUGCUCAUCUUUUCAGAAUGUCUGCCGCCUCAGUUGAAUGGGGAUAUGACUCACAUAAUGGUCCAGAAACUUGGCCCAUACAGUACCCACAGGCAGCAGGCGAGAAACAAAGCCCGAUUGAUAUUCAGCCCGUAAAUUUGAAAACAUUGAAGAUGAACAAGAACCUUCAAUGGAAAUACAUACCAGAACAGUGUGAGGAACUGUUCAAUACAGGAACAUCGUGGAAGGUUCACGUCAAUGGCAAAGGAUCAGAACUAGCUGGUGGACCACUUGAAGGUACAUACGUUUUGGAACAGUUCCAUUGUCAUUGGGGGGAAAAAGAUGAUGAAGGAUCAGAACAUACAAUAGACGGUCAAAGAUUUGCCGGAGAGCUUCACUUGGUACACUGGAACUCGAAAUAUUCGUCAUUUGCAGAGGCGGCUGAACAUCCAGAUGGAUUGUGCGUCCUGGGCGUGUUCUUGAAACCUGGAAACAAGCAUGGAGAAUUGGACAAAAUCGUAGCGCAACUACCCAAAGUCGAAUUUAAAAAUGAAAGGUUGUAUCUAACAGAACCGGUUGAUCCAGCGUUGUUUAUACCAGAGGAUAACGGAUACUACACUUACCAAGGAUCUCUCACAACACCUCCAUGCUCAGAAUGUGUAAUUUGGAUAGUCUUCAAGGAACCUGUGGAGAUCUCACAAGAACAGUUAGCAGCAUUCAGAAAUAUGAAGAGCAAUCCCAGAGAGGCCCAAAUGCCGUCCAACUACAAUGGCUGUGUAAGAAGGAACUACAGACCAACGCUACCUGUAGGCCAAAGAGAAGUGGUAGAGGCUAUGUAAAUAAAAAACAAGAGUAUAUGUUGUCAUGUGUAUAAAAUUGUACAGUAGAUUUAAAUUUUCUGUAAAUUAUCAUUUUUUCUAUGAAUUAUAAUAUAGUUUGGAGUUUUACUGCCUUUGAUCUCAGGG